CACAGCCACGGGAGGUGACCACAGGGCCGGGGCACCAAGGUCACCAGCGGCACGGGAGCGAGGAGCCCUGGGCAGAGCUCAUCCCACGGGAUCAGCUGAUCCUGAUCCCCCCCCCCCCGCAUCCCAGCCAUCCGGAUAUAAAUCCACACUGCAGAGCCCCGUGCUUCGGCUGUGCCACCGCCAUGGGACAGAGCUGCUCCUUCCUCCUGCUCCUCUUCCUUCUGUCCCCGUGGCCCAGAGCCACCGUGGCACUCCUUCAGUACCGCUACGACUGCGGAGAGUUGGGAAUGCAGCUCCUGGUCUUCCCGUCCCACAGCCGCACCGUCCGCUUCAGGGUCCUGGACGAGUUUGGCUCCCACUUUGAUGUGGCCAACUGCUCCAUCUGCCUCCACUGGCUGAAUUCCAGGGAGGACGGCUCCGUCAUCUUCUCCUCCGGCUACAAGGGCUGCCACGUGCUGUUCAAGGAGAACCGCUACAUCCUGCGGGUGCAGCUGGAGGAGCUGCUGUCCAGCGGGAUCCCGGUCACCUCCUACGAGGUCAACAUGACCUGCCCCAAGCCAGGUGGCUCUGAGAUGAUCCCAAAUGGAAACCGGGAGCGGGGCCGGGACAAUGGAGUCCUGAUCUCCCACACUGGCCUCCUGCACCGCAUUUCCGAGUCCUCCCUCACCCUCGCGGAAUCCCAGCUCUCAUCCCGAGAUCACUUGGAGCAGGUUCACACUGUGGGACAGCACCAGACCAAUCCAGAGCUUCCCGGGAUCUGGCACCAUUCCAGUCCAGCUCACUCGGGGUUUCUGUCCCAGCCUAGUGGGGUUCGUCCCGUCACCCAAAUCCAGGGAAGCUUCAUCCACCCAGGAGUGCAGCCCCCACAGCCCGGGGGGCAGAGCCAGCCAGGGAUCCUUCGCCCAGUGCUUGUAUCCCAAAACCAUCCCAGUUUGGUGCAUCCUGGGGGUCAGAACCAGCCGGGGCACCUGCGUCCAGGCUUUGUAUCCCAUAACCAGCCUGGGAUGCUGCAUGCUGGGGGUCAGAACCAACCAGGGAUUCGCCCGGGGUCAGUAUCCCAUAACCAGCCUGGGAUGCUGCAUCCUGGGGGUCAGAACCAACCAGGGAUUCGCCCGGGGUCAGUAUCCCAUAACCAGCCCGGCAUGGUGCAUACUGGGGGUCAGAACCAACCAGGGAUUCGCCCGGGGUCAGUAUCCCAUAACCAGCCUGGGAUGCUGCAUCCUGGGGGUCAGAACCAACCAGGGAUUCGCCCGGGGUCAGUAUCCCAUAACCAGCCUGGGAUGGUGCAUCCUGGGGGUCAGAACCAACCAGGGAUUCGUCCAGGGUUUGGAUCCCAAAACCAGCCUGGGGGUCAAAACCAACCAGGGCAACUUCGUCCAGGGUUCGUAUCCCAAAACCCUCCCAGGGGCCAAAACCAACCAGGGCAACUUCGUCCAGGGUUCGUAUCCCAAAACCCUCCCAGGGGCCAAAACCAACCAGGGCUUCGCCCCGGGCUUGUAUCCCACAGCCAGCCUGGCUUGAUCCCCACUGGUGCCCAGACUCCAGCAGGAUUCCUGCGCCCGGGAGCUCAGCCCCCAAACCAGCCGGGAAUUUCUCGUCCCAGUCAUCACUCCAACUCCCAAACCGGGCUCCAAGGCCAUGCCGGGCUGCUCCAUCCCGGCCAUCCCAGCCCAGCUUUUGUGCGCCCAGGACUGCCGUCCUGGCCGGGUUUGUUCAGCCCUGGACUCCAGGCUCAGCCCCAGCUGGGCCUGGGACGCCCAGGGCUGCAGCCACAGCCUGGAUUGCUGCAUCCUGGGAUUCACUCCCAGCCCACCCUGUUGCAGUCCACUGUGCUCUUCUACCCCUCAGCCGGGGCAGGCAUGCAGCUGACACGGGAGCAGUGCCAGGUGCCGGUGGGCCGGAUGGCGUGUGUGGCUCCACAGGGACGGGAUGGAUGCCUGCAGGCCGGAUGCUGCUAUGACGACAUGGACCGUGCCACCCCCUGCUAUUACGGGAAUACCGCCACUGUGCAGUGCCUGCUGGAGGGACACUUUGUCCUGGUGGUCCCGCGGGGAAUGGUGGCCCCGCCAUACAACCUGGACAGCGUGCGGCUGGCCAGCAGCCAGGCGGGGUGUGAGCCCCUCCACGUGUCCGAGGCCUUCGUCAUGUUCCGCUUCCCGGUCACCCACUGCGGCACCACCGUCCAGGUGAUCGAGGACAGGCUGAUCUAUGAGAACCAGCUGAUCUCCACCAUCGACAUCCAGGGAUCCCCCCGUGGCUCCAUCACCCGGGACAGCGUCUACAUUCUCCGAGCUCGGUGCAUCUACAACGCCAGUGACCUCCUUCCCUUGGGAGUGGAGGUGGCCGUGCCCCCCACGGCCGCCCCCCUGGCCAUGCCAGGCCCGCUGGGGCUCCACCUGCGGAUCGCCACCGAUGAAUCCUACAGCUCCUACCACCCUGUGGGCGACUUCCCCCUGGUGAGGGUGCUCCGGGACCCCAUUUACGUGGAAGUCCGGCUGCUCCAGAAGACGGAUCCCAAUCUGGUGCUGGUGCUGCACCACUGCUGGGCCUCCCCCGGCUCCCACGCCACAUCCCAGCCCCAGUGGCCCAUCCUGGUAGAGGGGUGUCCCUUCCAAGGGGACAACUACAGGACGCGGCUGAUUCCAGUGGGUCCGGCCUCUCCGGAGCUGCCCUUCCCGAGCCACUACCAGCGCUUUGUCAUCUCCACCUUUGCCUUUGUGGAGACCUCCGGCAUGGCUGUGCUGGAGGGGGAGGUGUACAUCUCCUGCAGCGCUUCCGUGUGCCACCUGGCCCAGCCGGAGCCCUGCCGGCCCUCCUGCCAGCUGGGAGUGCCCUCACGAGCACGGAGGUCUCUGGGGGACAGGAGCACAGGUGACGGCGUGGGGACAGUCACAUCCCAGGGAUGCGUCAUCUUUCCCAACGUUCCCAAGGGAGGGGGAACUCAGCAGAGAGGCUGAGGGCUCCUGCCUCUACCCAGAUGCCGCUAUCUCUGGGAAAGCUAGAAAAAUAAACCAGUGCACAGCACGGCUCUAAGGGUGGUUUGUCC